AUGGAUGACCAUCAUCUAAAUUUGGCAGGCUUUCGUAACACUCCGGUUUCACUACCAUACACAUUCGGCCAACCGGAGACCAGCACUUCAAAUGCUGGUCCCGCGUUUGGAGCCAGAUUGUCUGGGAAUCCAAGCGGGCUGGAAGACAUUCCCGAUAUCGAGGCAUAUGAAAGGAGCCUUCAAGGUCAUAAUGUGACUUUCAAUAUGCCUGGUCUUCUUCUCACUCCACAACUCACUUCUGAUAUCACCAAAUUGCUGGGAAGUUCUGAGAACGAUUCUCCGCUUGAAAGCAGAAACGUUCCUUUCAAACUCAUCACUCCAAAAGUUGAAGUUAUUGAUGAUCAAACUCCUAUGAUGUCGCCUGCGAGUACUUCUGGAAAGACUGUUCAUCGUGCUAACAUCAAAUUAGAAUUGAUCCCGGUUCUUGAUCCACAUAGCCAGGAUGACGAUCCAGAAGCUGGAGUGACCUAUCCGGAACCCGUUUUGUUCGAUGUCAAAAACACAAUAAUGACGGAAUACGAUUUGGAUGUAUUGAAGCACGGGAAAAACAACCCCGACGAGUUCCGAAGAAGGGUAGAACUGCAAGAUGCAAGUGCUCCGCCCAACAAAAUUGUCGAGUUUUUGAUGUAUCAUCGAACGCUCAAAGAGUCGGAACUUAAUCAGCUUAAUUCAUAUCGCACCAAACGUAAUCGUCUGUCUCUCAAUUUGAUCAAGUCUACUCCGGAUAGAGAGUUUGAUCAAAAGGUAUUCAAGAAGGGAAACUUUGUCUUGAAAAAUCUCAUUCUUCAGGCAUGUGAGUCGUUGGUGAAGAAGCUGAAAGAUAGGAAGCACGAUCUUCAAAAUCUGAUCGACGUUGUGAACACAAAAGGAGCUAAAUAUCAAGGGUGCAUCACGAUUCCAAGAACAUUGGACGGUAGAUUACAAGUUCACGGCAAAAAAGGAUUCCCCCAUGUGGUCUAUGGAAAAUUAUGGCGUUACUCGGAGAUGUCCAAAAAUGAGACGCGUCAUGUUGAUCAUUGCAAGCACGCGUUUGAAAUGAAAACUGAUGCGGUGAGUGAAGUUUGUGUGAACCCUUACCACUACGAAAUUGUUAUUGGAACAAUGAUUGUUGGUGACGCUCCACGGCAUCAGUCAAUGGAUGAUUACCGUUUCAAACCGAGACCAUCAAAUCCACCGUCUGUGAUGCAGCCACACUCCGUGCCGCAACACCAUUCCAUUCCGCAGCACCAUUCCAUUCCGCCCCUUCAUUCAUUGCCACCGAUGUCACUUAAUCCAAUGUCUCAAAAACAAAUGCCUCAACAGCCGAUGACGGUCCACCAGAUGUCACCGCAUCAAUCACAACAUCAGAUGAUGCCUCAUCCUGUUCCACAAUUUCCACCAAUUCAGCAAGGAAAUAUGCAUCAACAGACCAUGCAGGGUCUUCAGAUGUCGCCGUAUUCAGUUCCACAACAUUCAACUCAACCCCCAUUCCCGGCACACAGCUUCACAAAUCCGAUGACAUCAAAUAACCUUGGAGGUUCUUCGGCACCUACAAACAUGACUACUAGUUUUGGAUACACACAACCAGAUUCAUAUGCAGUUGGGACAAGUGCACAACUUGAUGGUUAUAGUUUAAAUGUCACGGCUAGUCAGAUGCAACCACAGAAUCAACUUCCGGCGUUUCCACAUCAGACUCCGUUAGAGACUGAUUUUGGUUUCGAUUUUUCUCAAGCCAUGGCUUCUGCAUUAGAUGGCUCUACGUCCGCAACAAACCCGUACUUUGCAAUGGGCCCAUCAAACCCUUUCUCUGACUUCAAUCCUGGCUAUUUCGAUCAGACCCUUCAAGGAAUCCAAAUGUACAACUUUCCCAAUUAUCAUCCAUCCUACAUGACACCUGAGCCCUUUCCGUUCCAACCUCCCGCAACACCACCUGAAGCGAUACCAAGUUCUAGUCGGCAACAAACACAACAGUAUAAGGUGGAGCAGCCAUAUGAAAACUUCCAGAUGGGAUCAGGGCUGCAGCCUAAGCAAGAGAUUAAACAAGAGGUCAAGCAAGAGGUUAAGCAAGAGCCACUCAGUGUACAGCCAGCACAACAAGUACGCGAUUCUAGGAUUACGAUUGCCGAGUUCCGCAGAGCCUGUAAACAAGAAUUUGGUGAGCGUUUCUUUGCGGCAGAUGAUUCCGAACCCGAUGUUCUUAUCGACCCUGAUACUAUUACAGUUACUGUGGCUGACUUUACUGAGACACCAAAUACGACUUUGCUUGGAGUCAAGCAAACUAAACGAAAACCUCUUCCUGGGCGCUUCUACUCAGGUCCAUGGACUAGAGAUUGUGCAUAUCCGGAUAUGGCUAAUUUCCUUAUGAACGUUUCUACUGCGACUAUUAAUAUGAACGGAGAUGAACCACCGUCCGUAAUCGGUAAAUGCUCACCUUGGGGCGCACUCACUUAUUACGAGGAGGACUCCAAAAUUUCCGAAAUGAAAGCACUUGAUCGAGGAACUAUAAUUGUGGAUGGAGGCUUUUUGAUUUCUGACGCCCGCUUCAGUUUGGGACUUUGCGAAAAUCCAUACAGAUCGACCGCAGCAUACAAAGUCCGGAAAGCAAUCGUUGAUGGAAUUAAGUUUUCGUAUAAAGAAGACGGUAGUGUCUGGCUCACAAACUUUAUGACUUUCCCUGUCUUUAUCACCUCUGGUUAUCUAGAUGAUCAGUCGAUUGGGCUGCAGAACGAUAAAACUCACAAACUUUACGGAAACUCAAAACUAAAGGUGUUCGGAUUGAAGCGCACGAAAGAACUCAUCAGAGAUAAACUGUUCUCAAAAUAUUUUGCUCAAAGCUACAUUAAAGGUGCAGUGACCUCGAUGAAUCACGUUUUUCGAGAGCUCAGCAUACAGGAUAUCAAAAAAGAAGCACAAACUUUACAAGAUGACAUCAGCAAAUACUGCUUCGUGAGAGCAUCAUUUUGUAAAGGAUUUGGAAAAGAUUAUCCUCGGGCAACAAUCGCAGAAACACCAGUAUGGGUAGAACUCAGAAUUCAUGGAGCAUACAAGUUCAUGGAUGCUGUUACAUACGAUCUCAACAGUCAUUAUCUUGCAAAACAAAAUAAAGAAUUUGCAAGUCUCAAUGUUGAAGUUCACGACGAUGAUUCCGAUUAA